UGUGUCUGCACGUGAGCUGCUCCUUUAAGAAGCCUUGGGCUAGUGGAAGAAAGGGGAUCCAGAGAGGAGGCAGCCCUACAGCUCUAACAGAGGGCAGAGGUUAAAUCUGUUGGCAUUUUUGUCGCAAGUAUGGUCACUGCAUACCCGCUCCCUGAAGGCUUCACUGAAUUAGAGGUGUUUGCCAUCGGCACUGCGCUGCUGGUAGAAGCCCUGCUUGGUUUCUGUCUAAAUGGCCUGACAAUCAUUUCUUUCCGAAAAAUCAAAGAACUCCGAACACCCAGCAAUCUGCUGGUUGUCAGCAUUGCCCUGGCUGACUGCGGGAUCUGCAUCAAUGCAUUCAUAGCUGCCUUUUCCAGCUUCCUAAGAUACUGGCCCUAUGGCUCUGACGGCUGUCAAAUUCAUGGAUUCCAGGGCUUCUUGACAGCUCUAGCCAGCAUUGGCUCCAGCGCUGCGAUUGCCUGGGACCGAUAUCAUCACUACUGUACAAGGAGCAAGCUGCAGUGGAGCACGGCUGUCUCCAUGAUGGUGUUUGCAUGGCUGUUUGCUGCCUUUUGGUCUGUGAUGCCCUUGCUGGGAUGGGGGCAAUAUGACUAUGAACCCCUUCGAACCUGCUGCACCCUGGACUACAGCAAAGGGGACAGAAACUAUAUCACGUUCCUUUUUGCACUGUCCAUUUUCAAUUUCAUCAUCCCAGGCUUCAUCAUGCUCACAGCCUAUCAGUCCAUACACCAGAAGUUCAAGAAAACUGGGCACUUUAAGUUUAAUACUGGUUUACCCUUGAAGACGCUGGUCAUUUGCUGGGGUCCCUAUUGCCUUCUAUGCUUCUAUGCAGCAGUUGAAGAUGUGAUGUUCAUUUCACCAAAAUACCGUAUGAUUCCUGCUGUUAUUGCCAAGAGUGUGCCAACCGUGGACGCUUUCGUAUAUGCCCUGGGGAAUGAGAACUACAGAGGAGGAAUAUGGCAGUUCCUCACAGGACAGAAGAUCGAGAAAGCAGAGGUUGAUAACAAAACUAAAUAGCUCAUUACGGCAUUAAGCGAAAUUAAUGCAGGUACAUCACUGAAAGCAAAACGCUAGAGGAAAUUGUGUGCAUUCUCUGAUAUGUAUGUCCAAAGGUGGUUCCACAUGGGAAAGGCUGUGCAUCAGCUACAAGCAAUGAAGUAUUAAAAGAAAGUCUGCCAGAUAACUCUCCAAACCAUCAUGAGCUGCUUGUCAAACAAGCUGCCUUAAACCUGUGUUGAUUGUCAUCAGUCUCAUUUUAUAUGUCACUGCAAAUAAACUAUGUGCUGGAAAGACUUUCUUUUUUUCCUUGAUACACUAACAUAAAAGCUCUGCAAAUUAACUGAAGCAGGGUAUUUGUUUAUCCAGUAAGUUCUACUCAAAUCUAUCUGUGCAGUUUGUCCAUAUGGUAAUGUCUGGAUUACUAAAAGAUUAAAGGAGUAUCCAGUAUUAUGCCACAUGUCUGUAUAAAUAGCUUGUUCAUCUAACUCAUUUUCUAUGCACCCAGAAUGGGAGUUCCCAAAUUUCCACAAUGAAUCUGCCAUCCUAAUUCCAUAAAAACAUUUUAGUGGAUAUUUUACCCCAAUAAGGAAUAUUAGCUUGGCUCCAAUUCAAAUGAAUCAGUAUGUCAACUUCAGCUUUGUCAUACGCUAAACUGCAUCAGAUUUUGCAGCUGCUGCUUACCAGGACAAUCAACAAGUCAUAGUCUAUCAUAAAAACAUUCAUCUUUUUAUCAAACACUGAGCAUAAACUAAAGGCAGGUAUGGCUCAGAUUCUCUUCAAAAAUGUCGUCAGAAUAAAAUUAACUUCACAUCUGCCAUUAAAUUCCCCUGUGCUCUACAUGAGUGAGAAGAAUCACUGAAUAGGUUGUGACUUAAGAGUCUGAGUAAUUAAAAACCAGUUACUGUAUAAUUAUCAGAAUUCAUAAAUAUUUCAAACUAUUAGCAACAUCCAUUUUAAACAUUUGUAUUUACUCUUGUUGUUCACAUUGCCUAUGGAAUGACAAACUCUCAGUUGAUGUUGCCUGUUACUACAAGAUGUAUCUCAGAAUGACUUAUUUGCAAAAAAAAAUACAUGCAUGACACGUAGAAGAAGACAUUGUACAUACAAAUAGCCAAACCUAAUUGAUUCUUA